ACCCUAAGAGAAAGCUCAUCUGCAGUCGCUACUCAAGGCUACAAAGGGGAAAAGAGAGAUGAAGGUUAUCGCCGCUUACUUGCUCGCCGUGCUCGGUGGCAACGCAUCCCCUUCCCGCGGCGACAUCAAGAAAAUUCUGUCCUCCGUUGGUGCUGAUGCGGAUGAGGAUAGAGUUGAUCUUCUCUUAUCCCAAGUUGAGGGAAAAGAUAUCACUGAACUGAUAGCAUCUGGAAGGGAAAAGUUGGCUUCUGUACCCAGUGGUGGUGGUGUGGCUGCAGCUGCAGCACCUGCUAGUGGUGCUGGCAGUGGUGGUGCCGCUGCCGCUGCAGCUCCAGCUGCCCCAGAGAAAAAGGAGGAAAAAGUCGAAGAGGAAUCUGACGGAGAAAUGGGUUUUGAUCUCUUUGGUGGAGAUGACUAGAGUUUGUGUUGUAUGUUUCUUUGCAGAGUUGCCUCAAAUUUUUAUUAAGUUUCCCAUUUAAAGACCUUGAUCUUUUCUUCUUUUUGUUUAUCUAUGAGAACUUUUGCUCAUGGGAGAUCACUAUGAUUUCUGUUGCAUGUUAUCUCUGAAGUUUUACAGUGGUUGAUUAUCCUUUUCAAUGGUUCAUCUCUUAUCAAAGAAUGAAGAAAAACACGUCCAAAAUUUUUUUUCAUUGAAAUUCCUGCGGUGAUGACCUGUUUCUUCCUUGGAAUCAGGAUCCAUGCAUCAUGGAGAGGAAGCAAUCACUGGCCCUAGUUUUUCUAUUGUCGCUUGUUGUUUUGGGUCUAUUUGGGAACAACGU